CCAAACAAUCUAACAAUGGCAUUCAAAUUCACCAUUCUCUUCGCUGCUUGCAUCGCCGUCGCCAGCGCUGGUGUCGUCCCAGUUGCCACGCCCUUGGCCGCCGUCGCCCAGGUGGAGGAAUACGAUCCCCAUCCUCAGUACACCUAUGGAUACGAUGUUAAGGAUGCGCUCUCUGGCGAUUCCAAGACCCAGGUGGAGACCCGUGAUGGCGACAUCGUCCAGGGUCAAUACUCGCUGAACGACGCCGAUGGCUACCGUCGCAUUGUGGACUACACCGCCGAUCCCAUCAACGGCUUCAACGCUGUGGUGCGCCGUGAACCUUUGGUCGCUGCCGUCGCCGCUGCUCCCGCUGUCGUCGCUGCCCCAGCGCCAAUUGUCCGUGCUGCUCCCUUGGCCGCCGCUGCCCCCCUUGCCUACGCCGCUGCCCCAGCCCCAAUUGUGGCCGCUGCCCCAGCACCAAUUGUGAAGGCUGCUCCUCUGGUUGCCGCUGGUCCAGCCAUCGUCAAGACCCAGUUCGCUUCGCCUCUUAUCUCGUACGCCUAUUAGAUUGUCUAAUAGGUGCUGACCGACCUGAUAAUUGCCGUUAGUUGUUAUUGAAUAAAGAAUGUGAUGUCAUAGAACAA